AUGACAGUUUUGGAAACUCUUCAAACGCAACUACUAACCAACCCACUGAACUGGUUUCUUUCCGCAUUUCUAUUGUAUGUUGUUCGCACGUACUUUACACCGGUACCUUACCACCUUCCAAUUUCCAAACACCCAGAAGUCACCGUGUUUCGAGAGUACACGCCGAAACAGCUACGGGAAUUCGAUGGGAGAUCCUUACAGACAAAGAUUUACAUGGGAGUGCGCGGUAAAGUUUAUGAUGUGACAAAAGGACGUAAUUUCUAUGGACCUGACGGGCCAUACGGAAACUUUGCAGGUCGUGAUGCAUCACGCGGGUUAGCAAAAAACUCAUUUGAUCUGGAAAUGCUUACGCCUGUCGACCAACCACUCGACACACUGGAAGAUUUAACGCGUGAAGAACUCGAAAGUCUCCGGGAGUGGCAUGCACAUUUUGAAGGAAAGUAUGAUUUUGUGGGAAAAUUGGUCAAUGAGGAACGAAGUCCGGUGAAUCCGAGUUCUCGGUGGUCCGGAAAAUAA